AUGGGACUACGUGGCUUCGCCAUCAAUGUGCCGCGUCCACAGCAAGGAAGCGACGAAGUAUCCUCGGCAGCGCUGGCCGCCGAGAAGGCGACGAUACGCCAAUCCCCGCGAAGGGUGGUCGCUGCUGGUUCCUCAUCUCCUGCUGGAUCCCCCGCCCACCACGGGCUCCGUUCCAAGAGAGCCAAGGCCGACGGGGCCAGGAAAUCGCUGCGGCGACGAGGCAGGAAAAGGAAGCACAGGGGCAACACGGCGGAUGCUGCAUCUUCUGAACCGACCCCCGUCGGACCGCGAGGAGCGCUGCCCUCCGUGGUGAUCUGUUUGAUGGUCGUGCUGCUAAGCGCUGCGUUGGUGGCCUACAUUCGAUCAGCGCUUCUGCCCUCGCACCACGAGCGGGACAAUCUCAUGUGUCGCAGCCGUGAGUGCCUCGACCACUGGCAGCUUGUUCUGACGAAGGUCAACUGGAGCGUGAAUCCGUGCAGCGACUUCGAAUCGUUCGUUUGCUCGAAAUGGAAGCCGUCCGCGGACGGCUACGUGUACGGCGCGGCACUGGCCAGUCACGCUAUUAUAGCGUGGUUCAACGGAUUCCACAGUUUGAUUACCAGAGGAGUCUAUCGCUUCACCACAGUUAGAAAGGCGCGCGGCAUGUUCGAAGUCUGCCUGACAAACAACGGCGCUAACGGAUCUUCCGUAGCUUUGCUUAAGCAGUUCAUGUGGGAUCGGAAGAUACCUUGGCCGAACGAUCCUCUGCCCAGCGCUAGUCCAUUAGGCGUACUCGUAGACCUGGCGUACAGCUGGGACAUUCACCUCUGGUUUCGGCUGAAGCCGCUGAGGAUGCAAAAGUCUCACAUUCUGCUCUUCAGAACGUCGGACUUUGUCCCUCUGUGGAAUGCCUAUAAAGAAGAAAACAUUAGAGUAGAAAGCGUUCAGGUUUACUGGAACAAAUUUCAGGACAUAUUCGCGACGGACGAGCCCCGUCGUAGCGAUGUCGAAAUAGAGGCAGUAGACUCAGUGGAAAAAGGUGUACUUGCCCAGCUUCAGCAGCUUCUUGAGGCAGAAAGCGUCGCACCAGGCGAGUUCUUACUGACAGAUAUAUCAAAUGUCACAACCAGCAUUUCAACGGCGCAAUGGUUGAAAGAACUGAACACGAACGCCCCGGUAGACGGAGGUUACGGUCUGUCAGACCUCAUCGUGACAAGCGACGUAGCGCUCCUGGAAACUAUAGACAGGCUGUUCUUGAAGUAUGACCGGCGUUCCCUGUUGCUCCAUUUGUCGUGGUUCUUCAUUCAAGUUUUCUUCCCACUUGAAGACCUUACCACGAGCUCGGAAGAGACUUGGCUGUCCGACAUAAGACGCCGACGACUGUGCGCUAUAAAGGUCGAGGAUUCGUACGGGUUGCUGGUGAGGUCGCUCGUCGUGGUUUCCCAUUUCACUUCCGAGUCUAGAGCUGCAAUAAGCGGAUAUCUAGACCUCGUGAGGCAGAUAGCCCGUUACAAAAUCUCAGCUCUCUCUUGGUUCGCGGACGACUCGUUCAGGCGCACCGCGUCCUUGAAGCUCCAGAAUGCCAGGACGGUUUUAUGGCCGCCCGAAGAACUGCUGACGGAGGAAGGCCUGUCCGCCAUGUACACUAAUUUUUCGUCCAACGAGACCUCGCUGGUCGGGUACUGGAUCGAGGCCAUGAAAGCGACACACGCACUACGAAGCCAGUCCAAGUACGUAGACGUGCUGGACAUUCCGAUCACCUACAUGCAGCCCCUGUUCGGUUACGACUAUGUUUUCAAUAAGGUACUCAUAUCUGCCGCAGCCCUGAGUCUACCGGCCUACUCAGGGCGGGGAACUAGAGCAAUGGUGUACGGUGGGCUAGGUUUCUCUUAUGCGCUACAGUUGGUCAAGGCUUUCGAUCAAGGAGGCCUCAAAGUAAACGCAGAUGGACGUGUCGGCGUCAACUCUUGGGCCCCAGAGGAAUGGCUGGAAGCACUCGCCAAAAGGUCGGCAGAGUGUUCGGGAUCAGCUGCCAACAGAAGUCUCUUCCCCGAAGUUCCGGCUCUGGAGCUGGCGCACGCCGCUUACGAAGCUUCGCCCGGCAGCCUAUCUCAAGGUGGUCGCAUCACCAAGGUGUUCACCGAAGACCAGGUGUUCUUUAUCACAGCCUGCUUCAGCCUCUGCAGCCUUCCACCUAUGCUCGACUCGCUCAGAGGCGAGUGCAACAAGGCCGUUGCCAACUUUGCCGAAUUCAGCCGGGCCUUCAACUGCGGCCUCCGCGAUCCUAUGAAUCCCGAGACGAGGUGCUCUUUCUUCGCAUAA